AUGAGUGACGACGACGGCUUAUUGCUAAACUUUGCGGUACCAGACUCAAGUAAUAACAGUACUGCACCAGCCACCAAAUCCCUCAAAAUAAAAGGCGGUCGAUGGAAAGAUCGUAGGAAGUUGCAAUUAUCGCUACAAGGAAGAACCAAGGAGAAAAAAGUCAGGGGUGUCAACAGCGUAGAGAUUACUAAACCACGAUUACAAAAACGAAAACUGGAUGGAGAUACAGAGCUGAAAAUUAAAGAAUCUGCACCUAGUGAGUUCAAGAGGGCAAAAUUUUCCGAAACAAAGGGACAAUCGGGUGGAAAGAAUAACUCAUACGUGUCAUCGUUAUUCACCAAUAAUGAAACUGCAUUACAAGCCACAACUGAAGCAAAACCCGAGGAGAAGGAAGUAACGUAUUUGCCAUCGAAUGCCCCUAUCAAAGGUGCAACUACAUUCACCGGACUUGGUAUCAACGAAAAACUAUCAACGCAUCUUACUGAUCAUCAGCGUUUCAAGUACCCAACAAAGAUUCAAAAGCUAGUAAUACCUAACCUUUUAACCACACAGCGCGACUUAUUUGUGAAGGCACAGACGGGAUCUGGUAAAACAAUGGCUUUCAUAUUACCCAUAUUUCAUAAAUUAAUGAUGGAAAAUAAGCGCAAAAUCACCAGAGAUUCGGGGGUGUUUGCAAUUAUCUUGACUCCCACGAGGGAGCUUGCUAAUCAAAUUUACUCAGUCUUGGAAAGCUUGACCCGAUGCUAUCAUACUUUGGUACCUGGAAUUGUUAUUGGGGGAGAAAAGAAGAAAAGUGAAAAAGCUCGAUUGAGGAAAGGAGUCAACAUCUUGGUGGCCACACCAGGUCGACUAGCCGAUCACUUGGAGAACACAAAGUCGUUGGAUAUCAGUCAGUUGCGGUAUUUGGUUCUUGAUGAAGGUGAUAAAUUGGUGGAAUUGGGGUUUGAAGAGACUAUUUCCAAGAUUACGAGAAUUAUUGAUCUGUGCUCGAAAAUUGCCGAAACUGUUGAUGAAUGGCAAGGAUUGCCUACAAGAAGGAUAAAUAUGUUGUGUUCUGCUACAUUGCAAAACAAUGUAAAACAAUUGGGAAGCAUAAUAUUACAAGACCCUGAGAUGAUUUCUGUGGAUAGAGAGGUAGAGGGAACCAUCUUAUUUGAUGAUGAUGAUGACAACAACGUUGAUGGAGAGGUCACGGGUAACUCACAUGACCAUGAAUCAUUUGCACCAGACCAGUUGAUUCAAGAUGUUUUGAUUGUACCGCCUAAGUUGAGAUUAGUAACUCUCGAUGCGUGCCUUGUUAACAUUGCCAAUAAAAUUGAACAGAAUAAUGCACCAUCUAGAAGCAUGGUUUUCUAUUCGUGUUCCGAUUCUGUCAAUUAUCACUAUGACGUGUUUACAAGAGAUGGGAAAAAGCUCAAGAAAGUGAAGGACAAUGAAACUGGAGAAGUCAAAACUGUAUUGGUUUCACCUGAGGAUAGUGCUGAUGAAAACGAUGCUGAUGAUUCUGAGUUGACAGCGCCGAUAAUUCACAGCAAUACUAUGGUUUACAAACUCCACGGAUCGUUAUCCCAACAAACAAGAACUACUAUCUUGCAGCAAUUUAUAAAAGAUGAUGCGAGGUUCCCCCACAAGGUCCUCUUCUGUACUGAUGUGGCAUCAAGAGGAUUAGAUUUGCCAAACAUUGCAAAUGUCAUUGAAUACGAUGCUCCGUUCACGAUUGAUGAUCAUUUGCAUCGAAUUGGAAGAUCGGCAAGAGUGGGUAACAAAGGUGAAGCUGCAUUAUUCUUGUUGCCUGGUUUGGAAGAAGGUUAUAUUGACGCUAAAUUAAAAGUGGUGCAUCCACGUGAAGCAAACUUGCACAUUGUCAAUUACGAAAAAAUUUUACAAGAAGCAUUUGCAGAAAAGAACACGACUAGUAAGAAUAAACAUGAUAAGCUCGGUAACUGGGAUAUUCAUGCCACUACAUGGCAUUUGGAAAUAGAGAGGUGGCUCUUGGAGGAUUCAGCUGCAUUAUCCAAGGCAAGCCUUGCAUUCACAUCACAUAUUAGAGCAUACGCUACCCAUUUAUCGCUGGAGCGUAACUUUUUCAACGUUAAGCUAUUGCAUUUGGGCCACUUGGCGAAAAGCUUUGGUUUGAGAGAAACCCCAAAGAAUUUGGGUAAGAAGUCGGGAAAGAAUAGUGAUAAACACCUUGAUGGUAUUGAUGGCCAGUCAAAGAAGAUGAAAAAGGAGGAUCCGAGAAAGAAGAUGUUGAGAAUGGCAAAAUUGGCAGUCAAGUCUAGCAAUGAGUUUAACUACUGA